GGUACGAUUAUCGAUAUGCGUACUCGUCCGUAUUUGGUUUCGCAAUAUUGGCAGCAAUGUCGACAAUUGACAAGAAGGAAGAAUUGGACAACAAACGGGGAACCUGUUGUUCGUAGGAGAGGAGGAUUAUGGGAAUGUAGACACGCUACGAACGCGAUUGCCAUCAUGAACACCAAAACAAAUCCACAAAAUGUGUCGAAUUCGUACAACGGAGAUACUAUUGGAAGGGAUAGUCCAUCAGCAUUGCUAGUAGUGCUUGCAGAAGUUGCAUCUCAAACAUUGCAUUCAGAAACAAAGCGUAUUGACUCAUUGCUGGCAGCACAAUGCAAACCUAGAACAGCGAGUAUAAAACGGAAAGAAUCAUGCUUUACCGUAUCUCAGCUUUUAUCUAUGCCUGUUUCCCAUCUUGUUAAGCAAUUUACUAUUUUUACAAGUGACGAGCUCAAAAGACAAUAUUCUUAUACUUGCGCAUUAGUGCCUGGUUGUCAGCAGAAAUAUACCAGUUUUGCUAGCGAAGAAAAGGCAAGAGCAUCCAUUAAAAGUCAUUUAGAAGAGCAUUUAGAAUAUCUGAAAGCAGACAAAGAAACAUAUGAUACAUUUACAGCAAAAAGUAUAAAUCAUAAAAAUUUAAAAACUAAUCUACAAAGUAAAAAAAGUCGGAUACAGCAGACAAAAAAACCUCAAGAAACAAUAAAUAAGAAGAAUAAAGAUGUGAUAUUGGAAAAAUCUACAAAUUAUUUACGUAAAAUACUUUUAAAUGAUAUUAAUAUUAAAGAGAAUGAGAAGCAAAAAUGUUUUCAGAAUUCGGAAAAUAAAGAAGCGCACAAUUCCGAAUUAAAAAAUUCUGACCAAAUGAAUACUAAGGUCCUUGGAGAUCAUAGUUAUUUUGAACGAUUAGAUGAUAAGAUGCCUAACAGAAAGGGGAUGCCAUCUGUUAAUAAUGUCUUAGAUAAUACAAGAAAAGAAAAUAUUGUAUUGAUGGUUGUUGGUAGUGAUAGUGUACAUAUGAAAGAGUAUUCUUCUGUCAACCAGAAAUUAGCUGAAAACACAAAUUGUCAAGAUUCUGAUAUUCUCUAUUCAUCAGAUUCAUGGUCAGAUGAAACUCUGAUAAAAAAUACAGAAAUAUCUACAGCUACCAAACCUAAAGGAAAAGCAAAAUUUAUUGGAACGAGUAAGGAAGAGAGGGAAAUGGCAUUAGCAUAUAUAGAGCGUAUCAAGAAGAAAGGCAAUCCUACAGGAAGUAAUCUACAAUGUCGGAUUUGCGAUCCACCUCGUAGUUUCACCGCGCCUACAACUUUAGUAUCUCAUUAUCGUAGUCACGCUGGAAUAAAACCAUAUGAGUGUCGAAUAUGUAGAGCAGUUUUCACAAGAAGACACAGCUUGAAGUAUCAUAUGUUGAUUCAUCAAAAUCAGACGCGCUUCACGUGCCUAGAUUGUGGAAAGAAGUUUAGGCAUCCAUCACACUUUAGAGAACAUCAACGUAGACACACUGGAGAAGCCCCGUUCGGAUGCGACGAUUGUGGACAACGGUUCAAAACCAGAAAUACGUAUAAACGUCAUUUAAAAACACGACACGGUAAAAUUCUUACGACAAUCGGUGAAGUUUUGCAUCUUUCCGAAGAAGACUUUCAAAAGGUUCGAACUAAUCGAAGAAAGAAAGAUUGUGUCCCAGAGACUACAAUGAAUGUCGAUAAUAUUGAGUCUAAUGUGAUCGUGGAUUUUGGAAAUUACCAUGACAAAACGCAAAUUGUUACAAAUUCAAUAGAAGAGUAUGUUCUGAAAGAGAAUAUUGAGGAUAUUAAUAGAAAUUUGGAAACAAAAGGUACUAUACAAUUUGUUGAUAAAUGUCUUGAGAGUUUUGAGAUUUGUUCGGAAUCUCAAUUGAAUAAGACUGAUGGUAUAGAGACUGAAAUAGCUAUAGAUUGUAGAUAUGCCGAUAAGAACGAUAAAAGUGUCAGAGUGGAACAUAUCAAUGAUGUAGAAGAUGGCCUGCUACAAUUAAAAAAUCCUUUUUACGAUAAUUUAAAAAUAACCAAUAAUGAAGAAAAUCACAUUAUUUAUCAGCAUAACAUCGAAGAUCAGAACAAAGUUUAUGAUUGCAGCAAUAGGAUACAAUGGCUUGAAUAUUCUGAAGUAAAAUGUAAUAAUGAGACUUCGAAGGAAGAAGAUGAAGAUAUAAUAGAGGAUAGAAUAAAUAUAGAUCUUUCAGAAGAGCUACACAGAAAUAAAUUACAUGUGUUGCAAGAAUCUAUACACAAUUAUCACAAAAUCAUAUGCGACAAUGAUAUGCCAGAUAAAACCGCAACAUACGUGCAUUUAGAAACUGAGCAAGCAGAAACUAUAAGUUCCGAUAAAAAUAACCAAACAUAUGAUGAAAAAUAUGAUGGACACAUUAUUAUUACACAAAACAAUGACAUGAAUGAAAAAUUUAAUAAAUAUGCCAAUACUUAUAAUGCUGAGAAUAAAGAAUGUGCAGGAAGUAACAUAACUUUAUGUACACAGAUAACAAAUACAAAUGUUAAUAUUUUGCAAACCGUUGAUGCAGUUAGAGAAAAGAUUAUGCCACAAAACCAAGAUAAUAAUAUACUUCGAGAAAACGAGUGUGUAAAUGAAUCUAUCGCAACUGAUUUAAUAGAAACCAUAAACAUUUCUUCAAAAAAUUCUGUUAAAGAAAAUCAGACACUUGAUCAACAACAAAGUAAUCAAUGUUUAUAUAUCCAUACUGAUCAGUUAAAUAGGAUAAUCGCGCAAAGUAGAUGUAUAAACAUACCUCUACAUCAAAUCGAAUUAUAUAGCAAUAAACAAAAUCAAUUGCAAGCAAAAGCAGACAAUUGUAGCAAAAUUCGAAUUUUAGAUAGUAACUUACAAGCAAUUGACAUAAAGCAACCUGACAAGCAAAAUACGAUUUUGUUUGUAUCUAAUGAUCAUUUGAAGAAUGGCAUUUUUCAAAUUGACAGGAAUAGUAUCAAAUACUGUCAAAAUUCUAAAAAGAUGGACAAUUUACAAAGUUAAUAUGAUAAUGAUAAUAAUAUCUGUACAAUAAAAUAUGUAAAGUUUGAUGUUGAACACAUUAUUAUAUUUUGUAGUAAUGUUAAUAGAUAUGAGAUCGAUUAAUUGAAAUAUGCAAUAAAAUCAUUAUAAUGUAUAAAAAUUCUGGAAAGAACAAGAUUAAUGAAAUAAUGCUACAUUUUCUGUUUUGUGUAAAUACUUUCAAAAAACAAAACUCUAGAUAGAAAUAUAUAACUGUUUCUCAAUUUUAUUACAAGAUAUAAUUAUAUUUAGGAAAAAUGAUAUAACGGGCUAAUCAAAGCAUUCUUAUGAUUUUGAUAAAAGUAUACAUAUGAUAUUAUUAUUAGGUAAUCGAUAGUGCAGGCAUUUAUUUGUUUUACAAUAUAAGAAUUUAUUUUUUAGUUCCCAAAACAUGUUAUAAAAUAUUAUAAGCUUAUACAACACAUUAUUUGCAUUUACCAAACUUUCAGAUUUCAUUUAAUACAAAACUAUUGUUCAGAAUUAAAUUUUUUACAAUCUUUAGUUUUAUUCUCGAUAUACGAAAAGUAAAUUAUCUGAAUUUGUAGUUUUAUUUAUAUAUACAUUACUUAUUAGAUGUAACUAACUUAUGUUUAUUAAAUUAAUCGCAAAAAUAUGAUGAGAUGUGCCAAAUAUAAAUGUGUUACACAUGCGAACUAUCUAUUUUCUUAAUAUGAUUUCAAAAAGAAAAAUAUUUUUAUUAUAAAUGAAUGAAAGUAUUUUUAUUAUUUAAUUCGUAUAAAAUUAUUCAAUUCUUUCUUGGGUUAUACAAAAUUAUAAAAAUGUGUAUGCUACUAUAUAAUUCAUUUUUAUAACAAUUAUAAUUGAAAACUGUUUAUGUUUUAUCUCUGCCAUAUUCGAUUAUCAUAUUAGAAGGAAAUAUAUAACGAAAUCCAUGAGAAUAAUCUCGCAUUUUACGCCUGCACAAAUUUGUUAUGAACAACAAACUCAUAAUAAAAUAAGAAAAAAUUAUAAAUUUGACAAUAAAAAAAAA